GGUGUCGCAGGUGACGAGCUGGGUCUUGAAGCAGUCGUUGAAUACUACGCUCACUUCAGGAUGGAGUGCGCACAGGUGCCAAAUUUCAUUAGCAGAGGAAGUGAGGCAGCUGCACCACGAGCCGGUCGAAGCUCACUCCCUGAUACUGGUAUAACGGCUGCGCCCAUCCCAGCACCUCGGUAUGCACCUAAAUCACCUCCGGAAGUUCUGCCCCCUUUGCCCCUCUUAUUGGCCGGUUCCCGCCGGGAGUUGAACUCGCGUCCACAGCGCCUCGACAACGAUUGGUUUGCUCAAAGUGCUGCGGGGGUGUUGACUGCCAUUGUUGUGCUAUCCCGGCGUGGAAAUCUCAUUAAGCUUGCAUGCGUUAUCAGGCGCAACAGUGAAGUGACAUCACAACACUGUGGUGAUGACCCCAUGCAGGGUCCUGAGGUUCAAGGGGACGAGGCGAACUGCCGUCUCGCGUCCUCACGCUCCCUUGGAUUUCAGCUGAAGCAAUCCGAGCGUCUAGACAAACAGUCAGUUUACGUGGCUGUGACAAUUAUUUCUUCCAGCAGUGCUGAAAUCCUAAGACAUGCAUCAUAG